CACAACAUCACCCACCGACCGCGCGCGCUUGCCGCCGGUCACAAUAUUGAGUGAGAGCGAACACAGCCAGACGAAUCGACCGCGCAACGAGUUCAUUCAUUCCUUCGUCGAGGGUCGUCGCAGACGGAUGCACUUUGUCGGUUUUUCCGUGCGGUGCGGAGCGUGGUUCAUACACUAGGACUCUUUACAAGGACUACUCGUGGGUGGGCGUGAGUGUACUAGAGGAGGAGGUGCGCGCGUAGACGUCCGUCGUUGUCGGUCGGUGGGUGAGGAAAUUUUUCCCGAAGAAACUGUGGAGGAAGUUUUUUAUCUUCUGUUUUGGUGGUGGUCGGUCGGUGACGCAAGCAAGGACGAGAGCGUGCAGUGAAGAUAGUUUUCCCGGUUGCAUAGCGUCGCGACGCUUCGUGCGUGAAGAUUUGAAGAAGAUCGUCGGACGGACUCGGGUCCUGUGUGUUCGCGCCUGGCGAGACGUUGUUGUUGGGGAGGGAGUAGAAAGCUGAAAGCUAAUUAGUGACGAGUGUAGUACGGCGCGGUGGGAAAAUGCUUCUUGGUGGAAUUCAGUAAAAGGAAAUAUUGUGGUGGCAGGAUUAUCCGGGGGAAUUGUUGUUUAUCGGUGCAAGCCGGGGAAUUCCAAGUGAGUGACGAAGGGCCACCCAUUUGCCACCCACGCCAGAGGGUGAGCGGCUGUUGGUUUGAGAGAGUGAAUAAGGAAGAGAGGGGGUGUCGUCCUUUUCGAGUGGGUGGUGGUUGCUUGAAGCUGCGUAGUGUUUGUUUUGAAGACCAUGUACGGUGGAAAUAGCCGAGUAUAAAAAUUAAGUAAUUUUUCCUCUGAAUUUGUGGAAUGGUGAUUUGUGGGUGAAGGGGAGUUAUUAACGCAAAAAAAUCCCAAUUGUGGAAAAUUGGAUCCAACCCUUGAGGGAUUACUUGGGAUCGGCGAAAAAGGAUUCGAGAGGAGUUAUCCUGUUGAAGUUAUUACUCUGAAUGAGUGAAAAUCUGUGAAAAAGUGAUUCAAAACUCGGUGACCGGAAAAGUAGAAGUUGCAGUGCUCAGUCCUUCUAUGAACGUUGGAACAUUAGGCGCUUGCUGUGCAGAAGUGUGGAAUCCUGUGUAAAGGAGUGACCUUCAACGUAUUGAUUUUUGCUGCUGCAGCGUGUUUUUAUCGGAAGUAAAGCGGAAAUUGAAAAAAAGUGCAUCACGUGGAAAUUUUGAAAUGUUCAAAAAAUUUCAUAAAUUUUAAAAGUGAAUUCUAUCAAAGUAUUAUCCUUCUAGCAGUCAAUAUCGUUGAUAACGAAAAAUAAUAAAUGCUGAAUCCCCAUUGAAGCCGGCAACAACUCGGAGGCAUAGCUGAAGAACCCCCCUCGUAUCGAUUUUGUGUGCUAACCAUAUGUGAAGAACCGGAAAAUUAUUACCAUUUCAAGUGUAGCAUCGUAGUGGACGUCGAAAAGGGAAUCGAAAUAUUCGAUAUCGAAUUGUGUUGCCACCUGCGUUCUGAAAUACAGUGAAAAGAAGCAAGAAGAAUUUCAACAAACCCCCUCCCCCCAUCAAGCAAAGGAUAGCGUAGUGUACCGAAGUGUGGAAAAUACCAAUUUUGUUUAUUCAUAUCUGUUGUGCCGUACAGCGCACCUACAUUCGCUCAUCCCACUAAGGCAGGGGUGCAUCGCUUGUUUGGAUUAUAUACCUACGUUACGUACCUCCCCGACGUGAAUCUCGCCACAAGUGGACAGAGACACGAGACACACCAUUCGUGCAUCCGUGGAAAUCGGUGGUUAUUUUUGUGAAUUUGCAUCGCUCUCUGCCACUGGAUGGUUUGCUUGGAAGCUGUUCCAACAAAUCUUCGAGGCUCGUAAACAUAGUCAUCCUGAGGAUUCGGACAAAGGACGCAGGAAUGGGCGCCUCUAAUGAAGACUGAUGAGAUAAUUAUCCGGAGAUAUGAAUCGAGAGUGGAGCGAUUUCGUCCUGUGCUUAGUAGUGCAUUGAGACAAUAUUAUGUUCUAAAGUGACAAGUGAAACAACUGCUCAACAUCGACAGCGUUCGAUCUUUGUCAAAACAUACUAGUGGACAGAUGAAAUUGAAUUUAUUCUUUGAAAGCCUCAAUUGCAAAAAGAUUAUCUGACCAACCGACGACUGCUGCUGCUGCUCCCAUCUGCUCCAACCCGCUCGUUUCACAACCAUGAUGAACUCGCCAUAUCAGCGAAGCCGAAAAGACUUGAUACCGGAUACGUAGCCACGAGAUGGCAACACUCGUUAGAUUUAUCUAGCUCUAGCUCUAGCACUCGUGUCGUACUAGGAUUACUCAACGUAGAACUCCACUCCGGAUACCAACCCGGAACUGCACCCACCCGUAGAUUUUAAUUUAGUAUUUUGUAAAGCUUUAAUUCACCGAAAAACUCACUCAUCCACGAAAAAAGAUGUCAAUCACGGGCUCCCUGGUCGGUUACGAGAACAACAAUGAAGUCUCGCAGAAAAAGAACCGCUCGCUGCUCAACAUAACGGCCACGUCCAACGCGUCGUCCAAACAAUGCCAAAGUUUGAACUCGAGCCUGGCCAACAGUGUGAUAGCGUCCGGUAGCAGCGGAAAUCCCUAUCGGCACCGGACGGCGGACGGAAGCGGGGGAACCAAAAAACCUCGCCGACUGCACCUGAACACUCUCUGGUCCGUGUGGUACGGACUGUUGGUAACGCUGCUGCAAGGCUAUCUAGUGCUGCAGGGAACGCACCGAUAUCUGGGGCUGUCGGCCCUAACGUGGAAGUACGAAAAGCCCAGCACCGAACUGGACAUCCAGAUCGUAUUCUGCGGGCUGGUGGUGCUCUUCAUGCCGUUACUGCUGGCAGCCGCUUUGUUUCGCGUGGGAAAUCUAGCUAAUGAUGGGAUUAAGCUGGCAUCCGGAACUAGGCUGUGCUCGUCGGCACCCACCGAUGGGCUGGAGGAGGAAGCCUUCGAGGGAACUUUAAGGGCACUCUGGAUACACGGCGGCCCAACGUCUGCUUUCAUACAUAUCAUCACGGCAAUAUGUUUGCUGCUGCCACGGUUGCUCCUGGAAGCCAAGGUGAUCGAGAAUGGAUUGCUUCCAAAAGACGACAUCUGGCGCACGGAUCUAGACUUUAUGGUGACCCACAAUGAUCGACUAGUAGUGCUGUCCUUUAUGACAUCAUCCUACCCAAACACGACAUCUAAGCCUCUGGCGAACGGUAGUGGUAACAAACCCUUCCCUAAUGGAGACUUUGAGCGCAACGAUAUGGUGGAAAAGUUCUCUGCCUAUGAGGACGAUGACGAAGGAGGAGAACAUGACUCUGAUGAAGAAGAUGAUCCAUUCCGUACUCACGAAUCCCUACAGGAAAUGCCAAAGAGCAACGAACACGCAUCUAUUUCCAUCUCGACCAUGGAGAACUUCAAUGUGUUCGAUAACCCUACGACGAUACACACUUUUCCUCCGGUGCGAAAUUUACUGACGACCACAACAGCUCCCAGUACUACAAGUACAGUCAUCUACACGACUACUCUUCCACCAACGACAACGAGGCAGACAGCUUUAAAGAAGCAUGACCGAAAUAAAAACCAUGGUCACAACCGGAAGCACUCCAACAAAUCUCACAGUGGUAAGAAGGACAAGGUGCAUCCGCAGAAUCAUCAUCACCUGGAUGAUGUAGACACCAGACUAGAGUUGCAACCUCAAAAAGAGUUCGACUUUGACGAGUUCGGUGAGCAUGAAAUCGAUACUUUGUUUGAGGUAAACCAAAGCCGAAAGACUCAACCGAAUGGAAAGAAGACUGCUUCAGCCACUACAGUGGCCACAACCAGUGGAACCGCGUCCACCACUGCAACCAAACCGUCCCCAAAAAGCAGUACGAAGAAGACACCCACCAAGGACAGCAAUACACAUAUCAUUAAGCCGGUGAAAUUGCCGGAGAACAUCAUCCCCUCCACACCGGUGACGACCAAUUCAAAGAUCAUUGAAAUCAAACCCAGCACAACGGGUGCGACUUCCCGGAGUACGCCGAAGAAGAUCAAACGGUUCACCUCGGACAACUACAGCAGUGAGAGUUUGGAAAGCUUGGAGAACAUCCCAAGCGUCGAUGAGGACGAGUUCAUCAUCAAGGAUGAAAACGGAAUGGCCAUAAGGCCGGCCUUCCUGAUUGGGACCGUUCCGGGCAAUGUAACCACGAAGCCCAUCGAGUUGACGGGAUUCCCUGGCUUCCUGCAGGUGUUCUUCGGAGUUGAUCAACAGUUUAACGCGAAACGCUGGACGUCGACUCCUAGUUUGGAAUUCGUGAACUUAGCGAUUGCCCUAAUGGCAUGGGCCGUUCGCUACCCAUCCGUAUUCUGGCACACAUCGAAGACGUUCGCAUUCGUGUUCAGCUUGCAGAUGAUCGCGAAUGGGAUAGAUAUUUUGUUGAGUUUCGCUGGAGCGAGUGUGCUGUAUAAGCUCCAAACGCUCGGGCAGGGUCUACCCGUGCAAGCCCCGCCAUUGAUCCUGAAUGGCACGGUUACGAUAGCUCUGACGAUCUUGGCAGUUAUUCUGACGAUUGCCUCGUCGAUGGUACUGUACUUGUACGGCCAUGGCAAGCUGGCCGUUAAGAUACGUGAUCGGCGACUGAUCACGGCAAAGCAGAGUACAGAUGUUUGGGCCUACUUCGCUCACUGUUCGUCGUUGUGCUUCGUGUUAGCCCUCGCGGUGGUGAAAGCCCCCUUGCUGCACGAUCUCAGUGCGGCCUAUCGGGGAAGCCUGGAUGGGGCGGUGCUGGCUGCAGCUCUUGGAUCCGUCGUACAUCUGUUCCUGUGGAUAGUUCUAUGGCUAGGGUUAACGGCCAAACGACGGUGGAACUUCAAGCUACCACCACUGGAACUCUCUGGGGCACGUAACGGGGCUUCGCAACCGCUGCUUCGAGGAGGAGCUGGUGGAUCGCUGUUAAGGACAUCCAGCGGCAAGGGAUCCUCGGUUGACGGCACCGGAGCAACCAGCAGCGAAGAGGAAACCAUUUACUGGCCCAAGAUAGCGCCGAAUUCGCCCAAGCUGAAAGUAACCUUCAACGAAGUUACCAGUACGUCUCCCGAACUCGCCAAUGGCGACCAUGACGGCAAGCGCCAUCCGUCCAGCGGAACCACGAUACGUUUGUCCAGUGUUACGGGGGAAACUGAUGACGGCGACUACGCCACACUAAGAGGGCCCUCCGGUGAUCUGCUGCAUUUGAGUGAAUUCGCAGACCAUCCACCACCUCCUGAGGAUCUGCUUAUGCCCACCAAUGCAGUCAACGAUCACGCAGAUGACACAUCUGAAGAGGGCAAACUGCUUGCCUGUGUUCGCGAUGACAGUGUAACAUACGCUUCUACCCGAGACUUGGAGCCACCCAUAACCCGUACUAUGUCUCGCGAAGCCUUUAUACGAUCUCCGGAACAGUUGAGUAGUCCUCUGGCACCGGUUUCCGUCACCGUACAUAAUCAUGAAAAUGUGGCUCCUGGUUCAACGCCACGCUGUUUGCGCCGUGCUGACUCCGGCAUGCCCAACGAAGCAUUAACACCCCGAUCCGACACUACGUCGACCGAGAGUUCUACAUCGCCCCCGGACUGUAGAGAUGCUCCUUCCGAAACCUCCAGUGGUGUGCACUCCGGUGAAGAACGCGAUGAGGUGGUCAUCCGACCUCGAUCCGGUCCCUACAAGUCCAUCAUCAAGCCGCCUCCUCCGGCGAUCCAGGAGGAACCGUUCGGUAGGUCAACGAACAUGAAAAUGUCCAGCUUCAACAAGGACGGAUCGAGUGCCACCCUUCCCCUUACGCGAGGCUCCGUGGAGACGCAUCGAGAGUAUCCACAGUGUAGCACCAUGCCUCUGCCAGCCGGUUACCAUCAACAACCGCACCAUUACCACUCGCAGUCUUCGUUUACUUCGCCAAGUUCUUCCUCACGGCAACAGCUGCAGCAUACGACGCUACCCAACGGCGUCCGCUAUCAGUCCAAUCAGUUCCUCAAACGGAUGCCGUACAUCAAAACGGCUGAGUCUCCCUACGGGCAUCUGGGUCUGGGCAGCGGUCACCAUACCUUCUCCAAACUUCUCCAUGAUCCCCUCGGAGUGCCGAACACUUCACCGCCUACGCAUUCCCAAUCCAGUCACAGCACCUUUGCCACAGUGGUGGCCACCAUCCCCGAGGACCGGGACUCGGCCAACUACUCGAUGAUCUCCGACCAGGACCGGGAAAUGUACAUAAACGCCGGACAAAUACAGAUGCAGAACUAGGUCAGCGCUAGCGAUGGCGAUAGAUAAGACAAAAGAAUACUUCAUAGCACGGUAAGCCAGUCAUUGUAAUUACGAGCCAUACAUUCAUGCGUUCUGAGCAAGUAAGUGUAGAAAAAAUACCAUUCAAUGCGCCUUCUUUCUAAUUCUAAUUUAGUUUCUACGAUGAUGGAGGUCUGUCUAGUUUUAAACAUCGUGAAGGGUGGGGAAAAGUCGCACAAUUACUUUAAGGAUACCCGAGGCGUCGUCAGAUAUUUAGUUCAAUUCUUUGGGUUUGUACAUUAGAUCCGAGCUUUAUUGGUCAGCGAUGAUCUCGAUUGUAAAUACUAUUUUAGUUUGCGAGAUAUCCACAGUAUUAUCGUAACUACAUAAUGUCGCGCUUGCAGAAAGAGUCAAUACGAGGAGUCGUGUAUUCAGUGUUGAAUACUCGAAAGUUGGAGUAAAAUAUAUGUAUCAUACAAAUACGCGAACUUUGCAAUAUUAACACACACAUACAUAUUCAAACGCAUUAAGCAGGAGGAAAGUAAUGUCGAUAUUAUGCAGCUUUAACUAGGCUUUCACACACACACUGGAGAAAAAGAACAUGUUUUUUGAAUGGUGCAACUAGUAGAUACGUCAACCCUAUUCACCCCCAUUGCUAUUAUUUCUGUAGAAACUUCCAAACUAAUUGACGAAGGAAACUCUUGAAAAAUCAUCAAACGAUCAUCGAUCAAAUCUGACUAUACAUGUCAAUGGUUGCUCCUCCGUGAUUGAUCUGAGCUUACACUGAGAUCCAAAUGAAUAAGGGCUGGGACACUCCACUUAUUCUCAAAGUGUAAUUUUAGGCAACUCUUAUAUUUUUGAUCAAUAACGGCGCCGGCCACGUCCUUAUAGUCAGUUGGAAAGAGAAAGGAAUGUUAAAGUGUGCUGCUUGUUGCUACUAAAGACCGAGAGCACCUCUGCAUUCCCACAACCAGCACGGACUGGGGUAUUUGUUAGAUGGAAAGGAUGGGAGAUCUGGGAGUCGCCGUUGGGUCGGUGAUGCGAUCCAUGAAUAUUUAUAGUGUUCGUAAGGUGAUAGAUUGUGUGGUGAUUAAAAACUGGACUCGAAAAAAAUGAGACACUUAAAGUAAUGUAUAACUUUUGAUUGCGUUUGCAAAAAUAGCUGAUUUUUUAUCCAGGAAUAGCAUGUUAUGUGUAGUUAAUGCCCUAAAAAUUUCAUCAAAAUCGGUUCAGUACUUUUUUUUAACAAUUCAAACAAAAAAAACGGGGUUUUCAAAUUUUGGGCACUUUUUAACAUUUUAAAAUCAGUGUGCAUUAUUUUGACUGUAGUAUUGCCAACACUGUCCCGAUUUUGUUUUUAAACUUUGACAGUGUAAAAUCGUUGUGUUAAUUUGUUCUCAGUGAAGAUUUCAGCCAUUUUGAUUGAACAUUUUAAAAGUUAGAGCAGUUUGAAUGUCACUAUACCAAAAACCACAUCUGCUUAUUGUGACAUAGUGCUACAUAUAUGGCUAUAACUUUUUAACAAUACAUCUACAUAUAUACUUUUUGUACAGAAAAAAUUUCAUUGAAAUCGGUUUAGUAUUUUUGGCUCUACAGUUUUAGGUAAAAAAUGUGAUAUUUUUUAAAGUGUUUGUUUGGCCCAAGAUUCUCAAAUGGUAAGUCUCUUGUUUCGACGAUAUCUUCGCCAACACUUAACCGAUGUUGAUGAAAUUUUCAUGGUAUUAGCUACACAUAAUGUACUAUUCCUGUGCACGCAAUCAAAAGUUAUACAUUAUUCUUUAUGUCUCAUUUUUUUCGAGUCCAGUCUUUACUAUGAAGGACAAGCGGCACAGUUCGCUUUGGUUGCAUAACUUGUAGGCGUUACAUACACUGUGCUGUGGAAGUUGGAAGGAAGGAAAACGAAUUUUUGCAAUUCUUUUCUGGUUCUAGCGAUGGCUAUGAACAUAUGAAUAUACAUGAGUUGUAUAUGUAGAGAAAGAGAGAAAGAGAGAAAGUGGAUAGAAAGUUACAAAGUAGGAUGAAAGGGACGGACCAGGGAUUUAACCCAUCACCUUCUUCAUACGAAUCAGAAGUGGUAGCCACUAGACCACCAAGCCCGUCAAUUGACGAGGGAAACUCUUGAAAAAUGGCGAGAAAUUGCAUAACAAAAACCAGUUAAAUUUUCUGGAGAAAUUCAUACAAACAAUGCUAGACACUUCCGAAGUAAUUAUUGGAGGAAUUUCUGAGUCAGAUACUAGAUAUUUCUUACGAAACUUCCGAAGCAAUUUCUUAAUAAAUUUACAAAACAAUUCCAAAAAAAUGACCAAAGGAAAUCGAAAUUUCUGAAUAAGUUGCCGGAUUUUGAAGAAAAUUUUGACGGAUUCCGUAGAGAAUUUUCGAAAGAAUAACUUAAGAUUGCAGAAAGAGUUUCUGAAGAAUUGUCUAGAACAAAUUCUAAAGAAAUUUUCGUAGCAAAUUCAGAAGAAAUUUUUGUUCUGAAGGAUUCUUUGAUGUAAGAUUCUUUCAGGAAUUUACCCGACUAGAUGGGAAAAAUAAAAUUAUUACUGGUUGUGUUAUUUUGUUACAAUGAUUUUUCUAACAACGGUUGUUAUAAAACAUGCACCGUUGGUAGCUAAAAUAACAAAAAUUCUAACAAAACUCGUUCCAGUUAAAAUAAAAUUAUAACAAGUUGAGAUAUAAUCAUAACAAGAUUAUAACAAUUUUUUUAGACUAAACAUGUGAAAAAAAAUAAAAUAAUAACAAAUUCUGUUAUAUAUUUUAGAACAAAUUUGUUACAAUUUUUGUUAUAAAUCUCUUGACUCGAGUGGCCAAAAUAUCAAAAAUUAUCAAUCUGUUUUACGACAACACAAAAAAUCUUAUAAAUUCUGAAAUAAUUUUGUUCCAAAAAAUAUAACAAAGAUUGCAAUAAACGUGUUAUGAAAUUAUAUAAGAGGCAAAUAUAUUAUUAUCAUUAUUAUUAAUAUUUAUUAAAGACACUUUACCACUUAUGUGGCAUUCGUGUCUGAAAUAUAUUAUAAUGCAUAAUAUAUAAUAUAACAAAUAUUGUUAUAUACCUGUUUAAAUAAAUUAAUUUAAAUAGUUUUGAAGAAACUGUCUAAGAAAUUUCUUAGAAAACUGCCUAAGAUAUUUCUGAAGACAUUUACAGAUCAAUUCCUUAAACAUGAUCGGAGAAAUUCCGUUGCCUGAGAAAUUCCUGAAGAGAAUUCUGAUGGGUGCCUUAGAGGAUUUCCAAAAAAAGAAACCAUGAAAAUUUCAGUAGGAAUUUCUAAGAAAAUUCCUAAAACAAUUUCUAAAAUAAAAUCCAAGAAAAGAAAUUAAUGAAAAAAAUAAAAAAAAUCUGAAUGAUUCGUUGAUGCAAUAAUUGUAAGAUUCUUUUAGGAAUUUAUCCAGCAAUAUGUAGAGAAAUUGUUAAUGGAACUUACGGAGGAAUCUCUGAAAACCGGUAGGAGAAAUUCCUUUAGAAACUGCUAGUGAUAAUUCGUAAUAGAAGUGCCGAAUUACUGAAUUUAUGUGAAAAAAAAAUCGGGAGUUUGUGGAGAAAUUGUCUAUUCGCCAUAAUUUCUGAACAAAUUGGCUGAAAAACUCUUGAAGUGAUCACCAGAAGCAUUUCUAAGGAAAUUAUAGAAGGAAAUCUAAGAAACCUAAAGAAUUUCCUAAGUCGUCUGAAUUUUAAGACAAACCCCUGCACAAGUUUCGGAAAAAUAAAAAAAAAUGUAUUUUUGAGAAAUUUUCAAAGGCAUUCAUGAAGAAAUGUUUGGAGAAAUUUCUGAAUCACUUCCAAAGAUUUUUUUUACAGUAUACCUAUGUAUUUUUGAAAAAAAAAAUCCGGAGAAAUUACUAAAGUAAUUUCCGAGGAAUUUCAGAAAAAAAUUCUGUUAAAUUUUCUGGUGGAAUUCCUAAAAAAAUUCCGGACGAAUUUCUGAAGCAACUGUUAGAGGAAUUCCUGAGACAAAUGCCGAAGAAAUUUCUUGAGAAAAUACUAAAGCAAAGUCUAAUGACAUUUACAGCAUAAUUCUUGAAAAAAUGAUCGCAGGAAAACCUUAAGAAACUUGAAAUUCCUGAAUUCCUUAGGGGAUUUUCGAAGGAACCCAUAUAAAUUGCAGAAGGGAUGUCUGAGAAAAUUCCAAAAACAAUUUCUAGAGAAUUUUUAAAAGCGAAUCCGGAAGAAAUUAAAAAAUAGGUCUAAUGAAAUGCUGAACGAUUCGUUGAUAUGAUAAAUGUAAGAUUCUAUUAGCAUCGAGCAAUACGUAAAGAAAUUCUUGAAAGAAUUCACGGGGGAAUUCCUGAAGGAACUGUCGCUGGAAUUCCUUUAGAAACUGCCAGUUCAAUUCGUAGUGGAAGUACCGAAUUUCUGAGGAGCAUGUCGAAGGAGUUUGUGAAGAAAUGUCUGAACAUUUUCCGCAAGAAUUCCUGAACAAUUUGGCUGAAAAACUCUUGAAGAAACCACCAGAAGCAUUUCUGAAGAAAUUACAGGAAAAAAUUAAAAAAAAUAGAGAACUUUUGAAGAAACUGUCUGAAAUCCCGGUGGAAACCUGGAAAAGUUGCGACAGAAUUCCAAAUCAAAUUGCAAAUUUCUAUGAAAUUCCAUGAGAAAUUCAUUAAAAAAUAUUUAGAGGAAUUUCUAAAGGAUUUCCAAAGAAUUUCCAAGAGUUUACUUAAAUUCCAGAUAAAAUACUGAAGUAAUUUCCAAAAGAUUUCCCAAAUGGAUUACCAGAGGAAUUUCUAAAGAAAUUUCAGCAAAAACUACUAAAGAAACUGACGAGGCAAACUCUGAAAUAAGCCGAGAAAUUUCUAAAUUUCUUUCCCAAUAAAUUUUCUGGGAGAAUUCCAAAAUAAAUUGCCAGAAGAACUUCCGAAGUAAUUAUUGAAGGAAUGUCGGAGAUAAUUGCCGAAGAAAUUUAUGAAGCCCUUUACAGAACAAUUCCUAAAAAAAUGAUAGGAGUAAUUCCUCAAGAGAAUCGAAAUUUGCUUAAGGAUUUCCAAAAGAAAAUUGCAGAAGGAACUAUUUUCAAAGAAAUUUUCAAAGUGAAUCCGAGAGAAAAUGUUUAAUUAAAACUCAAACAAUUUCUGAAGGAUUCGUUGAUGCUUUUGGGAAUCAAUCUAGCAAUGUGAAGAGGAAUUCCUUGAAGAAUUUACAGAGGAAUUCCCGAAGAAACCGUAGAAGGAAUUCCAUUAUCAAUUACCAAUCAGGUUCAUUUAAGUGCCGAAUUUCGUAUUUUUUUUAGGAAAUGUCGGGGGAGUUCGUAAAGGAAUUGUCUGAAGAGUUUCGCCAAGACUUCCUGAAAAAAUCGGCUGAAAAACUCUUGAAAAAAUCACCAGAAGCAUUUCUAAAGAAAUAACAGGUGGAAAAAAUAAGAAUUUUGAAAGAAACUGUCUGAAUUUCCCUGAAAAAGCUGCGGGAGAUUUCUAAAAAAAUGAAAUUUUCCAGUACUUUUUGAGGAAUUCAUGAAGAAAUGUUUGGAGGAAUUCCUAAAGGACCUAUAAAGUAUUUCCAAGAGUUUGCCAGACUAAUUUUCGACAUUUUGAUUUGUCUUUAUUACAGAAACUUUCAGCCCAACCUCCGACAAAAAAAAUCCGGAGAAAAUGCAAAAAUAAUUUCCAAAAGAAUUCCCCAAAUGAAUUGCCAGAGAGAUUUCUAAAGAAAUUUCCGCAAAAACUACUAAAGAAAGAGUUUAGGAAAACUCUUAACCUUCCUUUCGCAUCACGUUGGGAGAUGCUCGCUGACGUAGUGUACGGUGUGGGUCAAAAAUGACUUUAAUGCCAAAGAAGGGUUAAAAAUUCCGAGAAAUUUCCUGUUAAAUUUACUGGACCUAAGGAAAUAGACAGGCAAAUUUGUGAAGUAAUUACUGGAGUAAUUCCUGAGACAAUUGCCGAAGCAUUUCUGAAAAAAAUACAGGACGACAUUUCAAAAAAAAAUUUUUUUUCAAGAAACUGUAUGAAUUCCCGAAAAAACCCUGGAAAAUAUAAUUGCAAUUUUUCAGAUUUUUUUUUCAAGGAAUUAAUGAAGAAAUGUUUGUAGGGAUUUCUAAAGCAUUUCGAAAGAUUUCCAAGAGUUUGCUUGAGAAACUUCCGACAAAAAACCGAAGAAAAAAGUAAUUUCCAAAGGAAAUCCCAAAUGAAUAGCCAGAGGAGUUUCUAAAGGAAUUUUCGUCGAAACUUCUACAGAAGUUACAGAAGGAAACUAUACAAACAAAAUGCCGAUACAUUUUCAAAAGAAAUUGCCGAAAAAUUCCUUGUUAAAUUUGCUGGGAAUGAGAUUUUCAAAUAAACUUCUACAGUGAUUGUUGGAGGAAUUUCUGAGACAAUGGCCAAGAAAUUUCUUAAAAAACUGUCAGAGCAUUUUCUAAGAACAUUUACAGAACAACUCUUAAAAAAUUUCCGUAGGAAUUCUUCAAGGGAAAUUUCUGAAUAAAUUGUCUUGAGAAUUCCUGAGGAAAAUUUCUACAAAUUCCAUUGGUGAUUUUCGUAAGAAAACCUUAAAAAAGCAAAAGGAAUUUCUAAAAAAAAUUACAAUUUCCAAAAAAAAAAUAACUUGAAAAUUUACCAGGAGAGUUCCUGAGAAAGUUGUCGAUCAAUAAAAUUUCUUGAGUGACAGAUAAAACUCUGAAAAAAGUGCUGGGAAAUUUCAAAACAAACUGCAAGAGAAAUUUCAAAAUAAUUUGCUAAAGAAAUUGCUAAAGAAAAAUCUGAAGUAACUGUCAGAGAAUAUCUGAAAGAAUUGACAGUGGCAAAUUUUUAUCAAAUUUCUAGAAGAAUUCCUAAAAAAUAGUUCCAGGAAUUGUUUUUCAAUUUUGAAAAAUUUAUAAAUUUUUCAAUUUUAUAAGAAAGCGGCUCGUACACUACGAUUAUUUCUUGUCGGAAUUUUGAAAUUUUAUUUUGAUAUCUAAAAUCAAUUUCAGAUUCAGAUCUUUUGAUAUCACCUAUCGACAGCAGUUGACCGCUUGACAGCUUCAUCCAGUCCUAAAUCCGACGAGAGGUGAUUCAACAAAUCGCUCCCAUAAAAAAUUCAAAUUAAUUUUCAAAUAGGUUCCCAAGUAGCAAAAUUCUUGAAAAUUUGGAUUUCGGUCCAGUUUUGCGUGCAGAUUCAGAACAUCGAAAUACCUCAACAUGGCUAAAGAAGGUAAAUUCCUGGUGGAGUUUCCAUGAAAUUUAUAAAAAAAAAAUGGUGGAGAUGUGUGGAUUUGCUGAAGAAAUUGCUGAAGGAUUUUCUAUCUAGAAGUUUUAAGAGAUUUUUUCAAAAAAAAAACAAUAUGAAACAAAUGCCGGGAAAUUUCUACACCAAUUUCAGGAGAAAUACCUAAAUAAUUUGCUGGAGAAAUUCCUAAAUAAAUUUUCGAUUAAUAAUCCUGAAGGGGGGAUCUUUGAAAGAAUAACGGAGAAACUUUUAAAUGAACUGCCAGAAGAAUUCCGAGAUAUAUAGUCGGAGGAAUACUUUAACAACGUUGUCUGAGAAAAAUUUGAAAAAAAUCCUGAAGAAAUUGGGAAAUUUUUUAAAUAAUUGUCGGGGACAGCAUCGCCAAGUGGAUUUGCUGAUGAAUUUUCUAAAAGAAAUAUCGUGAACAAAUUCGUAGGCGAAUUUUCUGGGAGAAUUCCUUAUGGUAUUCCUCAAAGAAUUUCUAAAAGAAUUACCGAAGAAAGCUGUUAGGAAAACUGGAGCAACUUCUGAAAAAAUAUUAAAGCAACAACCAUAAAAAAAUGCGGAAUAGUACUUGGAAAAAAAUCACGAAUAAAAUCUGUCUGUCUGUCUAAGGAUUUUUGAAAAAAAAAAUGCGUAGAUAGUUAUGAAAUAAAAUGCCCCAGCUCUCUCAAAGGGAGAGACGAACCAGCCAAGGGCUAAAAGUCUCUCAAAUAAAGAUAAAUCAAUCAAUCAAUCAAUCUCUCAAAGAAAUGCCUAAUUCGUAAAAAAUUGUCUAUAGUUUAAAUACAUGUUUAUAAAAAAAAAAUAGAAAAAAACUGAAUUGCUAAUUGCAUGUUAACGAAGAAAUUCAGGCUGAACAUUUCUAUAGGUCCUAAGUGCAGGUGAGAGGCUCUCUUUAAGUCCCCUCUCUUUCGAUUGUAACGUGCUAGUAUUUAUAAAUUUGAUUUAACUUUAUACGUCGGAAGGUAGAUUGAACAAUCCUUUUAACGAACUACACAUCACAAAUUGUCGAAAUAUCCACUGUGACAUCGUAAUAAUGUAAAGAGAAUCUGAACAAAGAGAGCCUCUCUUUUUCAGAUUGGACCUUUAGAUAUGUUUGUCGCCAAUUCCUCAACGAAUUUUUGAUAGAAUUCUACAAGAAUUUUCAGAGGAUAUUUUCCAAAAUAAAAAUCCAGAAGAUUUGUUAAGGAAAUGUCCGGGGGAGUUCCUAAAAGAACUUUCGUAGAGUUCCAAAAAAUGCCAGAGAAUUCUUGAAAAGAAUGGCCAUGAGAAAUUCCUACCUGUGUUGUGUUAAAGAAAUGUUUAGUUUUUGACGAAUUCCUUGUUUGACUUUCCUGCAACCCCAAAUUUGUAUCGAUAUCUUUGAAGUGAUCAUGAAAAUCAUGUAGUUAGGAGAAAUUUUCAUUAAAAAAAAAUCUUAAAAUGUUUUAAAACAAACUUUUAAAUUGUUUUCUUUUUUUAAUGUGUAGAAGCGUGGAGCAAGUUUCUGCUAGAAUAGAAAGGUUUCGUUGAGAAGGUUCUAGGAAGGAAUUUGAGAUGAAUGCCCAGCGAUGUAAUCGAAAUGUUUUCAAAAACCUUUUGAAACAUUUAGAGGAAUUCCUUCCAAAAUCGUUAUGGUAUUUUAACAAAUUUUCAUGUUUUAGGUUUUUCUUCAGGUUUUGAUUAUUUUUUCACUAUAGUCGCUUAACCUAACUAUCGCAUUUAGAUAGAUACUUUUCCAAAAAUUUUGUUAGAAUUUCCCACAGAAGGACGGACUCUGUUGUAUCAUGGAAUUUAAUUAUCGCAAAAAUGACCUCAAGAAUUUUUAAAUAAGAUCAUCUUCAUAUUGUACAAUAUAUUUUAUACAAUCUGUUAUGUCAGAUUUUCACGAAAUUUUCUUUCUUAAAAAUUACAUUACAAAUGCAUCCAAUAAUUUCAAAUUUUAACAACUUCUAUCCUACAAAUGUUAAGUGUUUCCUCAGCUUUUCAAAAUCCAGCUAAAUAGUUGCACCAUUCAACGACUGAAUAAAUGUAUUAGGAAUGAUCUGAAAUCAUCACGAUGAAGUGUUUCGUAGAGCAGCACACAACUUGAAAAAAGCAUAUCCGUUCAGCAAGCGAAUCAUAUCUAUAUCCAAAGCAUAUAUUAACAAGAAAAGAGAAAGAUAUCAGAAUGCAAAAUUUAGAGAACAGUAUGUACAUCCAUCAUGAAAAAAACAAAUCUCAUAUUUUCUCGUAUAUUUAACGAAUCCACAUCUCUGAAACUGAAAACAGAAAACCAAGUGCGAAAAGUAAUAUGAAACCGACCACAGAGGAACACAGUAAAACAGGAAACGUAGAGUAUUUUCCCGCGAGCGGAACGCAAUAGCAAAUCCAGCAAUUGGGAACUGACCGUGAGGAACCCAAAUUCCCUCGAAAAACCAAUCUCUAGCAGCAAAAAAGUAUAUCGUAAACCACAGGACAAUACUGACAUGAGACAGAAUUUUUUACACCAUUAGAUCCUAAUGUUAUACAACCGAAGCGAAGCAAAAGCAAGAUCACGACGGCACCAUCUAUUGGUAACGACUCGAACUGAACAUCCAACUCAAAAUGGCCGCCACUUGUGGCGACCAAAUACCAUGCACACUCUCAAUCCGAAUCGUGGCUGCGUCUAUAGCGAAUGGGAAAGAAUGUGAGUUCGUGUGUAGUUAAAAUUUACAUCGUUUGUGACAAAAGUUAUACAACAGCUGAAAUUAUGAUCGUUACGCUAUACAACUGUGGGUCAAAGUGUGUGUAUCCCCCGCAAUGAAAGAGCGGAGCGACGAUUAUAGAAAUAGUUAUUAUCAGUCAGACAAGCUUCAACCUAUAUACACUCUAUAGCAUGCUGUCAGCUUUGUUUCCUAUUAUUAGUGGACCGUAUUCGUAGGGGUGAUCGAACCGACGAAAAACGUGUAAAACCAGUUUAAUGUGUAUAAAAGUGAUUGACUACCGCAAACCGUAUGCUGUAAGAUAAACGGAUUAUAAACGGAAAAAAGUAUUAUAUUAUUAAAACCAUAGCUGGUAUCAUUCAGCAAUGAACUCAAUCGAUGCUAUUCUAAAUUAUUUAUCGGUUUAAAAAUAAUUGGAAAUAAACGGAUUUUAGUUGAAAACAAACACCCUUAUUGACGCUUCUGUUUUGUUCUGUCCCGAAUUUAGUCCAUCACCUAGGUAUUAAAAAUGACAUUUUGAUGGUUAUAACUCACGUUAUAACUACUAUCGCGAAAAAUAUGGCCCCUUUCCAUGCUUUUUUCUGGAUACUGUUAGUUUUUUUUUGUUCUAAUAAGACGAGACAGUACCGCCAAGACUGAAUAGUGUUAAACAAAAGUGUUGAUGAAUCGUGGAACCCAUUUUGUUGAGAGCAGCCUCAUCCAAGUAGAUUUUGAAUAAGUAAAUCGAGCUUAGUUCAUUUAAUCCAAUAUUUCUGUUAAACCACAUCGGAAUUUACCACAGAGCUGAAGCAUUAAAAACCGCAGCGCCUCUCAAACCAAAGCUUCGAACAGCUUUUGCGAAAUAUUACAACUGUGAAGAACACUACUAAACCAAAUUACUAAGCAACUAUUUAGAACUACCUAUACACAACGGAAAUCGGAAAUGUAUUACUAUAUGAACUAUAUAAAUACCAGGCUAAAUGUAAAAAAAUGAACUAUUUAAUAUAAGCUGCACGAGUCAAAUCGACACCGCGGAGAGGUACCCAAUAUAUUCCAUGGUUUUUGCGCUCCCCCAACCGACAGAAAAAACGGUACUUAAACCGAAUAAAAAGAACCACCGCUUUAAUGUAGAGCUGUGUUGUGCAAUAUGUGAAUUAUGCCGAAAUUUUCCCACCAGAAGCAACAAUCCUCACCCCUGGAUAGUACACCCGAAACCCUUACGCAGUUGUCCACAUCAUCCAUCGUUGCUUUGACUAGUUUGAUAAGAUUCCCAGGAAAGCCAUUUUCCUCCACGAUGUUCCAUAGCUUUGUGCAGUCGAUACUGUCGUAUGUCGCCUUGAAGUCGAAGAACAGGUGAUGCGU